GUGCUGCAGUGACGAGAAGACGCUGGAAGCAAGACCAGCUUAGAUUUCGCAACACGGUUGCAGAAAGACCAUUGUCGUUUUUGCUCAUUGUAAAUCGUAACUUUAUAUGUUGGUGUCAGUCGUGUGAGGCGGAUAUCUACUUUUCCUUUGGCAAUAACGUCGGCUAGCCAAAGCAGACCGCAGUCCCUUCUCAUCGUGUGGCCACUCAACUUCUACCGAUCUGUCCAUUUCUUUUCUUUUUUUUGACGGAUUCCGCCGAUUUUCUCAUCAACAUGCCAAUUCAGCUGACUAGUCAGGCUUACUGUAAGAUGGUUUUGCAUGCUGCCAAAUACCCUCACUGCGCCGUCAAUGGGCUGCUGGUGGCAGAGAAAAUGAAGGAGAAGAAGAAAGACUCCCACGGGGAACCGGUCCUCUGCGUGGAUUGUGUGCCGCUGUUUCACGGCACUCUCGCUCUGGCACCAAUGCUGGAAGUGGCUUUAACGCUGAUUGAUACUUGGUGUAAAGAAAAUAAUUACGUCAUCGCCGGAUAUUAUCAAGCCAAUGAACGCACAAAGGAUCCAAGACCCAACCAAGUGGCAGAGAAAGUGGCUGCCAGGAUUUCUGAGAACUUCAGUGACGCAGCCAUUGUUAUGGUGGACAACAGUAGAUUAACAAUGAGCUGUUUCGAGCCCAUUGUGCACAUCUAUGACCACCAUGAAAACAAGUGGAAAAGCAGAGAAGUAACUUUUGACUGUUUUGAGGACUGGAGCGAAGCACAGAAGAUCACAUCUGCUCUGUUAGAGGGCCGGUCCUACGAGAACUUGAUUGACUUUGACAAUCACUUGGACGAUCUGAGGAAUGACUGGACCAACCCGGUGAUCAACAAGUCCGUCCUGGAUCUAUGCUAAGCCACCCCUCUGCCCGAGAGGAACCUACGGAGCACUGACCGGUUAGGCCGACAUCUCCGAAGUGCGAGAGCCAUAUGUGCUGUGCUGGCACGUGUCCACCUUUACAAGGUGAUGCUGACGUGAUGAAGGCAAUUUUGUGUUUGACUGCAACUUUUGCGUGUGUUUUUUUUUCGUUUUGUUUUUUAAAAUCUUACAAUGGUUUGUGUUUAUUCAUAGUUGUGUGCAUAAACUUAAAUUCUAUAGUAAUUUAUCUUUUUUUUUUUUUUUCCUUCUGAACAAUACAUCAGUAGCCAUACAGAUCAGGACUUUAAGCAGAUGAAUGUACAAAGAUGAUUAUAGAUGCGUGUUUUCUACUUUAGGUGUAGUUUGUUUAAAACCGUUAAAUUCAAAUAUAGAACUGUAUUCUGAAAGUGCCGUUAAUGUGGGCAGUUAAUUUAAAAACAAAGCAAAACAAACAAACAAUUGAAACCUUAGAUGAAGCAAAAGAGGCAGAAAUCAUAGUUCACUACUAGUUUUGUCUUCUAUUAUCUUUGUCUUAUCUAUUUCAAAGGAUGUGACUUAAAUAACUUAUUUUUAUGCGAAGAUUUCUAUGACUGAUGUCUCCCGGUACACUUAAGAGUUUAAUUCUUCUGAUUAUACACACAUUGGUGAAUUGGCUUUUGAUUGUUCAGAAAUACAAUAUGUCAAUGAACGCGUGAAUCUAUGAAUUUAGCUUUUAUUUUGGGAAUCUUUCAUUAGAAUUAGGUGAGUUUGUAUUUAUGCUGCUUUAAAGCCUACUAUUAAAUAAGUUAAGUUAAAACAUUUCAAUAUAUAGUGUCAUGAAACCGUCCUACUUUUCUGUUUCAAAUUAAGCAGCAAGAGCCAUUAAUUAAAAGGUGUGAUUGUCACAUUUUUUGCAUAUGUUUUAUAAACUGAAUGUACAAUAAUAUCCCUUUUGGAACCAAA